AGCGGCGGCCGGGCGGGUUGGAGCGGCGGGGUUGCAGCCGGAGCGGGGUGAAGCGCCGUCGCUGUCAUGGAGUGCGGGCGGCAAGUGGCCAACUUCGGGGCUGGGCCGGCGAAGCUGCCGCGCUCCGUGUUGUUAGAAGCACAGAAAGAAUUGGUGGACUACAAAGGAAUUGGCAUAAGUGUUCUUGAAAUGAGCCAUCGGACCUCUGACUUCACAAAAAUUUUAAAUACAGCAGAAAAUCUUCUGCGUGAAUUGCUAAAUAUACCACAAAACUACAAAGUUAUGUUCCUCCAAGGAGGUGGAUCUGGUCAGUUCAGUGCAGUUCCACUUAAUCUCAUCGGUUUAAAGGAGGGAAGACAUGCAGACUAUGUGGUUACUGGAGCUUGGUCAGCAAAAGCAGCUAAAGAAGCAGAGAAGUAUGCCAAAGUGAAUAUUGUUCAUCCAAAACUAGCAUCCUAUACAAACAUUCCUGACCCAAGCACUUGGAAUCUGAAUCCAGAUGCAUCUUAUGUCUAUUACUGUGCUAAUGAGACUGUUCAUGGUGUGGAGUUCGACUUUGUACCUGAUGUCAAAGGAGCAGUCUUGGUUUGUGAUAUGUCAUCAAACUUCCUGUCCAGACCUGUGGAUGUUUCCAAGUUUGGCGUGAUUUUCGCUGGUGCUCAGAAGAAUGUUGGCUGUGCUGGAGUUACUGUUGUAAUAGUACGUGAGGACUUGCUGGGAUUUGCACUGAAAGAAUGUCCUGUAGUACUGGAUUACAAAACGCAAGCAGCGAAUGGUUCUUUGUAUAACACUCCACCAUGCUACAGUAUUUAUAUCAUGGGAUUGGUACUGGAAUGGAUAAAGAAUAAUGGUGGAGCUGCAGCUAUGGAUAAACUUAGUUUGAUCAAAUCACAAAUGAUUUAUGAUAUCAUAGACAAAUCUAACGGAUUCUAUGUGUGUCCAGUAGAGAAAAAGAACCGAAGCAGAAUGAAUGUCCCUUUCCGUAUUGGCAAUAUCAAGGGUGAUGAAGCACUAGAAAAGAAAUUUCUUGAGAAAGCUGUGGAACUUAACAUGAUAUCUCUGAAAGGACAUCGAUCUGUGGGAGGAAUCCGUGCCUCUUUAUAUAAUGCGGUGACUGUAGAAGAUGUUCAGAAGCUUGCUACAUUCAUGAGAAGCUUCAUGCAGAUGCAUCAGUCAUAAAUGUUGAGGGGCUAGAGUCAUGCUGCACAUCUAUGAAAUAAAAGCUGAAGGGUUUGAAAGUUGCUGUGAUACUGCACAUCUGUAGCACACAAGUUACAUCUUAUUUUAGGGCCUAUAGCUGUUUAGUUAACUGCAUGGGAUUGAGGCCCAAUCUUGCAAUGACUUGGCAGCCUUGGCUCUACUGAAGGUGAGGAUUCCCAGACUUAGCAAGAUUGGUUCCAAAAUUUGCAAAACAGUGUUCUUAAUGAGUAGUUAAAACAUGAAUAGCAUUGAAAGAUACUAUGUAUCUGAGUCUGUUUCUUGGUACUAGUCACAAAUUACUACUUCAAAAGUGCCUUGUUUUCAGUAAACUCUAGGAGGCAAAAUAUGUCAUAACCUUUCUGUAACACAAGUACUCUGUGACUGCCCAGUGAAGCUAGAAGUACUGUUAAGUUUUCUCUAAGGAUAUCUAGUUCGUUAUCAGAUAUAUUCCAACAGUAUCACACCAGCAGUAUUCACUGGAUACCUGUAUUUCUAACUUGAGAACCUUGCCUUCAGACUUACUUUCGUAACAGUUCCAUGAAGCAUUACAAAUUGUGGUUAAAGUCUCCGUAGGAUUGGGCCUUUUUUCUUGUUAGCAUUUAUUGGUUUAAAGUUAAGAUGCAUGAGUAUGUAAUUAAAUCAACUUAUGUUGUUUAUUUUUCCAUGCAUUUGUAUACUAAACUUAUCUAGGUUAUUAAUUUUACACUCUUAUUUUGGAGUGUAGAUAUUUGCUCCUGCCAAAAACUUGUUUUCAAUUUGUUAACCUUGUGCCAAAUUGGAUUGCUGUAUUCCACUUAAUGGAUUAGUGACUUUCUCUGCACUGACUUCAUAGCCCAAAAUGCAGCAGACUCUCUUGCCGGGUGCUUCUUAAAUGCCUUCCCUCACUGCUCCAGUAUUUGCCUUUUAAUUGCUUCAGCCCCUUUUGUAUAUGGGGCUUUGCCCAGCUGCAGUAAAUACAAGUCUUGACUUCUCUGCAGUCUCCUAACACUGUAUCCCACUUUUGAUUCAACUCUCUCACUUGAUCCUUCUGGCUUAUUCCAGACUUUAAUGCUCUGGGCUAGAAAAGGAACUGUUGUUAUGCAAAGAUCUUCAGAAGAUCUUCUGUUGUAGUACCCUUAAGUUCCUUUUCCUUCUCUGCUUGCAAAUUUACUGCCAAUGACCAUAUAGUGAUACUAGCCUUCUGUUCUAACUUACAGAGAAGCUAUCUGCUAGUAUUGUAGUGUUUAGCAUUCCUGCAGCCGGUUUCAGACCGUAAACUCUUAGGUACAGAAUGGGGAUUUUUUUUUUGAUUUUUAUGUUACACCAGUGUAGCAGUAACAAUUUAAUUGUGACAAUGAUGGACUGUCCCUUGCUUUAUGGAACCUCAAAGCAAGUCAGUAGUUUUUUGCUAGGACUGAGUUAUAUUCCUAUCUGAAACAUCGUCAUUUUAUGACUGCUGUUUUGAGAUUGUCAACUUAGUGUAACUCAAAGUAAUUAAAAAAGAUGAAGAAAAUAAAAAUCACAGCAUGCUGUGAAGUAUGAGUGUGUCUGAUGCUUUUGGCAUUUUUAUCAUUUUCAGAAAAAUGAGAAGCUGUGCAUAACAUGUGCUAGCAUUUUGUAUUCCAGUAUCAUCCUUUUCCAUAAAAAGUGAGCUUCUGUCAUGUUUUAUUUCUGUAGUCUUUCCUACAAUUAGCAUGGAAACUAGAGUAUUACUAUGAGAAGGCUUUGAGAACCCUUUUUGUCCAGACAAUCAUUAAGAUCUAGUUCAAGUUCCAUAUUAAGAUUUUUAGCUUUCUAAAAUUCUACUUCCUCUGAAUUUUAUGUACAGUAGCCUUGGAUUAUCCCUCUUUCAAAAAAUCAGUAGACUUCUGUUUUAUUCCCCUUAGCAGGCACACUUUUAUGUGUGUCUACAAAAGUCUUGCACUGCUGUAUGCAGCUGAUGCAUGACCCAGUAGGAGACCUUUUUGCUGCUUCUGAAUUGUGCCUAAUGUUUUGUUAAUUAAAGACUUACAUGAUUUUUGCCUUUCUGGGUUUAGAGUAAAAGGAAAAUGCAUAGUGAAGUCUAUAUUAGCAGGCAGGGAUUUACUGAAUAUCAUGUGAGUUGGAUGCAGGAAUGCUGGGAAGACUGGGGCACGUGCUGAAUGGUUGCUUGAGGUUUAUUUCAGACUCAUCCAUGCAACAAUUCUACUCUUUCAAACUGAGUCACUGAAGAUAUAAUCAGGGUAUUGAGCCCUGGUGGACAGAGAAAUGGCACUCCCCCACAUCCCAUUAGUAGGAGGAAUUUCAGCAAGGGGUUGUUGACAGUUCUGGACUUUUUCCCUUAUGUCAUCACUUAUACUUGCAGUUUUUAGAAAUCAGGCUUUUCUUGGUGAUGUGGGUGCUCCUGAGGUAUUUAAAGGUGUUGAAAAAUAGAAGUAAAAUACUGGUCUCCUCUGAGUUUGUGCAUGUAGAUGAGCUCUUUUCAGGGAGCAGGGCUUUAAUUUUCUCUUAAUGAGUUGACUUGAUUACAUCUCUCAGCUUUUCUGUUUGCAUUCACAAAUGUAGUUGCUAGUGUGUAAGUAGUUGGUAGUAAGGUAAGAGUCCCUGGCCACUGUCUUUCCCAGGCCUGGCCUAAAAGCUGCUGAGGAUGUUGUGCACUCCCUAGUGCUGUAGCGCAGGGUGAGUAGAAAUGUAAAUCAAGAAGGUACUCCUGUCAGUUGUCAACAGUGGGGUCUUCCCAUAGCAGUUGUACCAUCUCUAAGCCUCUCAUGAAAUAAAUAGUUGAGAAGUCUAUACUGCCACAUCCUUAUUUAACUAGUAAUUCUAGCGGAGAUAAAUGAUACAUGUGGAUGAUCCUGAGCCCGUGUUUCUGUGUUAAUCCUGUUUUCUGUUUUGACUUUUAACUGGCUUAAUAUUUUUAGAUGUACCCUGGGUUGUUUGGAUGUAGAAGGUUAAAGCCUAUUUUUGACUUUGAAGUAAAUGUUUGGAACGAAACAAGAAUAAUUGACCUCAUACACUGGUGGAUUCAAAGUUGUCAAAGUAUGCUGAAAGUGUUAUUAUGUUUGACACUAUAUUGCUGAUGAUUAGUGUUUGCUGUUUUUUGUUUUAUUUUCUGGAUAGAAAAUAAAAUUAGAGUGAAUCUCUUUGUAUUUGAUAAGGAUGUAUGUAAUUAAAAAGUGAAAUGUUACAAGGUU